UUUCGAAACAUAAAGCCGACAUUCUAGCGGUAUGUUGCUCGUUCGAAGCCGGUUAGUUGCACGUGCUGUACAGAAGCAAUGUCAGAAAGUAGAAAGGAGAAAUUAUGUAACUAAAGUAUUUAAUACCCCGUUGAGCGGAAUGGAAAUGGCUCGCUGUGGAGGUAUUGCAAGUAUGAUGCGACUUCCAAUAGCUUCGUCAACAGAAGGACUGGAUGCUUGUUUUGUUGGUGUUCCUAUUGACCAUGGUACUUCAAAUAGGUCGGGAACAAGGUUUGGACCUAGGGAAAUACGUACAUCUUCAGUGUUGGUUCGUGAAGUGAAUGUAGCAACUGGCGCAACACCGUUUCAGUCACUUAUGGUUGCUGACGUAGGAGAUGUUUGGGUUAAUUUAUACAACUUACCAGACGCAUGCAGAAGUAUUAAAGAGGGUUUUGCAAAAAUUGUUGCAAAUGGUUGCAUUCCAUUAGCCGCAGGUGGAGAUCACACCAUAACAUAUCCUAUUCUGCAAGCAAUAGCUGACAAGUAUGGUCCAGUAGGUUUGGUUCACGUUGAUGCACAUGGUGACUGCAACGACACGAUGCUUGGUGAAAAAAUUGCACAUGGAACGCCAUUCAGACGAGCUGUAGAAGAAGGCUUGCUUGACACGAAGCGAGUGGUGCAGAUUGGCCUGCGUGGUUCUGGAUACUCAGUUGACGAUCACAAGUUUCAAUUGGACAAUGGUUUCCGAGUUGUACCAGCUGAGCAAUGCUGGCAUAAGUCUCUUUCCCCAUUGAUGAAGGAAGUGAAAGAACAAAUGGGAGAUGGACCAGUGUAUGUAAGCUUCGACAUUGAUGCGUUGGACCCUGCCUUUGCUCCUGGGACUGGAACCCCUGAAAUAGGUGGUCUCACUUCUAUUCAGGGACUUGAGGUCGUAAGGGGUUGUCGUGGAAUGAAUGUGGUUGGAGCUGACCUUGUGGAAGUAUCGCCACCUUAUGAUACAACAGGAACAACCGCUCUUACUGGUGCUAAUCUAUUGUUUGAGAUGCUGUGUGUUCUACCUGGUGUAAAGUACAACAACUAAUACAAAUAUGCUGAAGUGUAAUAAAUACGCCACAUUGACGUACUUUAUACGACAUAGUGUAACAUUUUUAACAUUGAGAUCACGUACUUGGCUAUUGGCUACAAUUCCUCCGCUGGUUCCAAUUGACCAUCAGAAAUUACAUAAUUGAAACAAAAGCGGUUUCCGAUCCCCCUAGGGAGUACCCGCCGACCAAUAUUACUUGUCUUGUGUCAUUACUGGCUGGAAAUUGCUUCGAGGCCAUGGGUGGCACAGUGUAAACAAUAAAAUUCAAAGAACAAAGUA